AUGUCGUUUCGAAACCGACGCAGCGUUCCUGACUCCAGGAAAACUUCCUUCGAAAACCUCGAUGAUUUCGCACGCCAAGGAUACAGCUACAGCCAGACCCCAGACGAAGCGAAAGUUGGAAGCAGCUACAUCACUAGCGGGUAUCCAGAUGAAGCAAGGAGUAUUCAUGCUGUCCGUGUAUGCUCCUCGCAUUUCACCGAUAAUGUGUACCUGGAUGAGAACAUCGUGCAAGUGCAACUUGGAUUGACACAAAAAAGGAACGAAUUGAAACUUGACGCCGUUCCGACAGUGUUCCACGAACAAAGCGAGCCAGCAACUUCGACACUGCAGGCAGCUCGACAGGGUCAAGCGCAAGUGAAGGACCAGGUGCUGCUGAUCCAAGUCCCAUCCAUCCAUGAAACGGCAUCAAACAAUGAUCUUCCAGAACAGUGCUUUCUUCAUCCAAGUUCAAGAAGUAAAGAGAAUGACUUCAUGGCUUCUACUGACAUCUCACAGCUACAUGCCAAGACAAAAUAACUUGAAAACAGGAAAUGAAAAGAAAAAAAAAGGUCCGUUUCAGGUCCACCCAAAUCUUUGUGCAGUGGCUGACAACAACGUUAUUGUGAGAUGAUGAAUGAUGCUGAUGCGGCGUUGAGACUAAGCCCUUGUUUCCUUUUUUGCAAUGCUAUACAUUACUGCUGGUUAAAUGUAAAAUGAUGCACCUACCUCCAGACAUUAAAGGGGCUACCAGAGAUGUAGUGUCAAUUCAACAGAAAAGCUGCAUCUUCUACGAGGCACUGUCACGUAAGCAGUGGCCAAAUUUGCUAUCCUGUGAGCUUUGAUAGGAUAUGCCGUAGAUAGUAAGAGGCCUCUUACUGUAAAAGGGAGGUGCAUUAUUCGAGUAGUGGGGUCUGAGGCAUGAGGGUCAUUUCAAAAUGUACUAACCCUUCCAAAAUUUUACACUUAGCUGUGCCCAGAGAUCGAUCCAGAUCCCCCCCCCCCCCCCCCCCAACACCCUGAGUUUUUUUCCUGUGUACCACUGUUAUAAUGAAACCGUCCAAUUUACUGUCCAACCGUCCCGUUUUCAUUGCAAUUGAAGUACUUACGAAACUGUUUAUUUUAUUUUUUAUUUUUGUGACUCCCCGCUUCAGAUCCCAAGGGACAUUGCCAGUGUGGUGCACGCUGAUAACUGUCUGUGCAUAGCAAAUAAUAAAUAUCUGUGUGUGAAGAGUUGGAUGUGGACUUGUGCGAUGGCUCUUGAAUGGACAACACUCAGUCAACACAAAGAUUUAUUCACAUUUGCGUAACUUAUUGCCUGUCAUUAUAAUAAUAAUUAUUAUAAUACAUAGACAAGAGGUAAUGCUCUGCCAAGGAUCUCUGAAGUUAGUCUUGAAAGCUGUUUUCAAAACAGUGGUGCUAAAAAAAUUGGAUCAAUGGCAGGUAUCAAAAUUUGUUUUGCUGUAUCAAGGCAGAACAAUCUUCUGUGGGAAUGACAAAUUGUGGACAUUCCCAGACAGAUGUAUCACUUACAAUGAUAAUGAGGUGUAAGUGUACCAUUAGUGAGUUAUGAAACGUUACCUGAAAUUAUUUGACAUGUUAUAUCCCUCACAUGCUAUAAUACUGCCAAUGAUAAGAAGUAUUACACUACCAUUAAAAGUAUAACUGUCACUUAUUGCUCCUGCCUAUUCCCCUGCACUUCUCGGGAUUACUGUGGUAACACGGAUUCUGUUUCACACUUCUCAAUUGGAAACUACGCAAGUCUAUUAUCGUGUAGGUGUGAACAGGAAAUGAGGCACACAAAAGAUGAUAGUCCUGAUAGGACCGGGAUGGAAAAACGUUGGCGAAUCAUGCGGACGACACACCCAGGUAUCUGUCGUCUCUUUCUCGGUCCAAGGAAUCUCCAAACUCAGCUUGUAAACACACAAUAAGCAGUGAAAAUGACGUAGCUGUAAAAAGAAAGGACACUUUCCUAAACACGUAGCACAGUAAUUUCCUGAUAAUCAUUCUAAUUCUAACCCGGCCCUUGAGUUGCACAGUUGGUUAGAGCCUUCGUAACUUUCAUGGGGCAUUCGUCGUGUGUGCAAACGUCCACGACAACUACGAAAAUAAGGAUUGCUCAACGUGCCUAUCUAUCGUGGGUACAGUAGGCGAAGACUGUGAUCCUCGCUGCAAUACUGCGGUGGAUACACCAACAGAAGUUCUGGCCGAAGACAGAGAGCUGAGAACAAAGUGUGAUGCGUGCUUACACUCUACUUCGCCAUCAUUACACAACUCUGCCACUUCACCAGCACUGCAGCAUAUAGGUACUCAUCCGGUUCCUGGGGAGCACAGACGUCGCACAAACACUUGGAUUGUUUCCUGCGUCGUAGUGAAUGUCACGGGAUUAAGUGUUGAGCACUCCGAUCAUGAACGUACCUAAAGCAGUGGUCCUGAGGCUCCAUGAUAAGGCAAGCCUGAGCGAUGGGCAAGACACGUAAACAAACACAAACACGAAGGCACUUGAGCCUUCGUGUUUGUGUUUGUUUACGUGUCUUGCCCAUCGCUCAGGCUUGCCUUAUCAUGGAAUUUAUCCACCAGCUAGCCUGCAUUUACGCCAUUCUGUCCUGAGGCUCGUUCUGUUGCGCUAACGCAGCUACGGCACGUAUAUCACCAGUUACUUGCAGAAGAAGCGGAUCCGUCGAAUAUGGGCCGUCAUUAAACAUGUAUAUUCGUCACGGGAUCUAUUACUAAAGGCAUUUGAACAGCACGAUGCACCACUUCCGCGUUCCGAGUCCGCCCUCUCCGUAUGUGCCUUCGCCUUUGUCUCCCUGACCGAGCUGCAAGCAGCGGGGACUCCUCUGGCUCGCCGCGUUCUUAUUGGUCAGAUUCAAUGUGACGUUGCUAAAGAUUCUCAGCAGGGAGUUCCGCUUGACGCCCGCUUCCGUCGUCUGCUGUUGCGCCGCUUACACACGAAUUAUGCGAAAAGUAUUCCGUUGAUCGGGAUGGGACUUUCGGAGUCAUGGUCAGUGAAGGAUGGGGAAUCUCAUGUCACUGUGGUUUCGGAAUCGAUCUGUGGUCGAUGCGACUGUCCCUUUAAAAAGACGCGAAGCUAUGUGACGUCGCACUGGCUUGGGAAAGCAGCGAUCAGAACUCGUGGCGGGAAGCAGGGAACAUAGCAGGACAACUUCUGGCAACACUACACGUCACCAUUACGCAAGUCGGCUUCACCUAACGCCUGUGUGCUUUAGGUGAAGCUCGCUUUCGAACACUGUCGCGCAGCUCGCGGGUGGAAAGCCUGUGCUAGGCCUUUUGAAUCAUCUCGCGAAUUUGAGCAGCAUUGGCCAAAUACGGAGACAAAAAGGCGUUACCACCUACUUUUUUCACUGGCAGUAUUGGAAAAUGAACAGUCGAUGUCUAUUUUCUUUCCUCAAUUUUUAUUUUGGUUUAAUUCUUUUGAUGUGAAUUUCGGACUAUACGAAUUUUUUCCGCUACCCCGUGAUAUUCGUAUCAUCGAGAUUCUACUGUAUCUUAUCGCGGCGAGGUUACGCGCACGGGACAGCGCCCAACAUCGUUAUACGAGUACUUGGAACCGCGGUCUCCAUCGCUAUACGCGGGUCGUUUCCCCAUAGAAACAAUGUAUAUUUUGACGGUAAAAUCAUGAACAAUCGUUUUACGAGGGAUAUCGUUAUACGCGGGUUUUACUGUACUGUUCUGGGACACAACCAGGUGGUGGUUACCGAACGAGGUACGCUAGCCAAAUUGACUGUUAAAAUGGAGAUACACAAAGCCUUAUUUAUGUGAACAGGACACUAUAGUUUUUGGUAGAAUAUUCUGGUCCUGCUUUUCCCUGUUCAGCAGCAGAUGACUUGACAUGUCUACAUAUACAUACUAGCUUUUCUGAAAAAAAAACAUUGAGUGUUUGUAUCUGUGCAAGUGUAGUUAAAAUUAUGUUUACAUGUUCUGUUUGCCUUCAACACUCCAGCAAUGACUUUGUAACACUGAUCAGUGGUUUAUCCGGAAUCCCAAGCACGGAGAGUGUUGGAAAAAAUGGGGGGGGGGGUCAUUAUUAUAGUUACGUCAUUACAGCUUAACAUAUCAUUACCGAUGUGUGUCUAAAGCUGAAAUCGCAAGGGCACACCCUGUAGGGGGUACACAGGUGAAAAAGUUAGGGGGUGUCACUGAACAUUUGUUGGGGGGUGUAGGGGGGGCUUGGGUAAAUCACUGAUCACUGACGAUCCUUGCUUACGUUGUUGUGUACAGUGACUUUAAAAAAGAAAAAACCCUCGCAACAAGGUUUUUAGCAUAUGGUUGUCACAGUAUUUAUGAUGAAUAAAUAAAGCCCUACUUGUAAGUUGGACAUCCCCCAGUU